CCACAACCGCCAUUAGUCUUGGAGUGAAUCUUGAGCGAGUGAGACGUGCGUGUGUUUUGUUCUCUCUCCACUUUUUUCAAAAUAAGUUUCUUCUCUCUCAUUUCGCGCUCGAAAAUUUAUCGGAAAAAUAUAAAUUUCUAGUUCUUCGACUAAUAACGUUCGCACACCAACAUUUAAACUGUUUGAUACAUUUGAUUUGAAACUCGGAUUACUUUCAACGUCACGAUCACGAUAGAAGGACACGAAUCAACUCAUGGAAGACCGAUAUGGCGCCCUAGUCGUUUGGCAUCAGCAGCCGGGACAACCGGAUCGAGUUUUGCUGAUGGACGUUCCAUUGCAGUUCGUCUAACGAUGGCCUGGACUCGAUUAACGCCGCCAAUGUUUUCCCAUUUUCUCGUCCGCCCGCGACGUCGACGACGACGAAGCAUCGCCACCACCACCACCACCGCCUCUUGUCUCUUGGCACUAGUCAUGAUGAUUGCCAUGUGGAGCGGAGUAGCGGAAGGCAGCAGCGGUUGCAAGGUGGAUAGCUGCACUCGGCAAUUCCAGCAGGCGGCCAUGGCCAGCGGCGUGAGACGUGGAUCGGCAGCGUUUUGCGUCAUCCUGCGCCAAUACUCUGAUUGUCUCCGAUCAACGGCUCGAUCCUGUCGCGGACACUUGGCCUACCACUCGACCAUCACGUUGGUGCAGAACUGGAACGGAGAUUCCAAUUGUUCCUACGUGGGUGGGGCCGGUGCCGGAGGAGCCCCAGCCAUCUUCAAGGACCGUCCUCGCAAUCACGACCAUCAUUCGUCCAAAGUGGAGGACUCGUCGUAUUCCAACGAGAAAACGGUGACGUCUUCAUCUGCCGACCGGACGACGAGCCUGGAACCGACGGCCCGCGUCUACGUCCGCCCAGAGAAGCCGCCCAGCAGUCUGCCCAUCACGGGCACCAGUGUCGUCAUGGAAGGCAGCCCGUCGUGCACCUACCAGGGCCGCCCCGAAGUGACGCAUUGCAGUUUCUAUGGCGACCCGCAUCUUGUGACAUUUAACGGAGAUUUUCAAACGUGCAAAGUGGCCGGCGCCUGGCCGCUCAUCGACAACGCUUAUUUGGCCGUCUCCGUGACCAACGAAGCCGUCGUACCCGGAUCCUCUGCCACGGCUACCACCAAGAUCACCAUCAUCAUCAAGGGAGGCUCGGAUUGUGCGCCGGAACGGACCUACGAGGCGGCAGUCGACUCGGUUCCGGCUUCGUUUGUUGACGGCAGCCAGUGGGGCGGACCUUUGCCGCCCGGAAGCAGCGGAUUGCCGUCCUCGGCUUUUGAGCAUUUGGUUCCCGUCAGGAUCGUCGAGAAGGAGCCCGGCCGGCACGUCGAAAUUCACGCCAGACAUUUGGGCGCGACGCUGAUUGUUCGCCAAGUCGGACGCUAUUUGACGUUCGCCGCCAAACUGCCGCGUGAAAUCGCUCUGCAAGGGGCCGGACGGGAAGGUCUUCAACUCUGCGUCAAGGGCUGCCCGGCGUCGGAACGUAUCGACGUCGGCACCGUCCUCCUGGGCAGCGGGCACGGCCGUCAUCCCAGCAUGCCAUCUAGCGGGCGAUUUUACCGCUCGCAGACGAGCGAGUCUCCGUCGGCCCUGGUGAAGGGCAUGACCCGCGACGCGGCCCUGGCCCUCUGCCGUGAAUACAAUCUGACGGAUUACUACCUGGACUCGUGCAUGUUCGAUCUGAUGACCACCGGAGAUCCCAGUUUCUCUCUGGCCGCCAGCCGGGCGCAAGCCGAUUACUUUUCCUUGUUGCCCGACGCGGCCAAUCGACUGGCCAAUCGGACGUGGCCUCUGGGCGCUUCCGGCUCUUCUCCGUCAUCUUCGACAGCUUCGAGGGACAGCCUCUCGUCGUCGGCCUCGUCCAGCACUGCCCGCUCACUUCUUCUGGUCGGAGAAGUCCACGGACCGGGUCGGCCGUCCAGCCUGGCAGUUUGUCUGCUGGUCGUUUGGAGUUUGAUGAGCUUAUGGAACCCGUUGCGGUGAUACCACAUGAAGAAAUUAACACAAAUUAAUUAAUGUACAGUCUCAUCGUCGUCGUCGUCGUAUACAUACAAAAGGAAAAGAAACACAAUUUGUUUUGCAUAUAUAUAUAUGUAUGUUUGAUAUGCAUUAUAUAUAUAUAUAAAUAUAUAUGAUAUAUAACAUUAUUGGACUCGUAGAAAGUCGUCUGUACAAAAUAUCAAGAAAUUUCGUCCGUACCAAAACAUUUGCCCCCAUAACCCCAACCCACCUCCCCCCCCCCCCCCCCAAAAAAAAAAAAAAAACAUCUCUGUCUCCCUCAAAACCGUGUUUUAUUUGCCCGGCCAAUUUUUCGUUGUCGUUGAUAUCGAAAUAAAUAA